CACUUAUGCACAUGCAUCUUUUAAACCAUGGAAAAGCUUUGAACCAUUUAUUGCACUAAAGUAAAUCUAAAUAAGAACUAUAUGCACAUGAUCUGACUUACCUACAAAUUCGUUUUAAAGAUAUACUUAGGAACUGAUCUCGUUUGUAACCUGGGGACCAUCUGUAUUCUAUCUAUAGAAAAGCUAGCUGCAAAAAGAGAUAGCUUUACUUUUUCCUUCCCCAUUUGUAUGCAUUUUUUUUCUUUGUCUUGCCUAAUUGCUCUAGUUAGAACCUGCCCUACCAUACUGAAUAGCAAUGGUGUGGGGCAGGGGGUGGGGCGGUUUGAAUUUUGUCAAAAACCUUUUCCGCCUUGAAGGACAUGAUUAUGUGGCUCUUUACCUUUGUUCUAUUGAUGUAGUGUAUUAUAUUCACUGAUUUUCUAAUGUUGAAACCACCUUGCAUUCCUGGGAUAAAUCCCAUUUGAUCAUGGUGUAUAAUCCUUUUAACAUGCUGAUGGAUUCAGCUUGCUAGAAUUUUGUUGGGGAUUUUAUUGCCUAUAUUUAUCACAGAUAUUGGUCUGUAGUUUUCUUUUUUGUGGGGUCUUUGUCUGGUUUUGUUACCAGGGUGAUGCUAGCCUCAUAGAAUUAGUUAGGGAGAGUUCUGUCCUUUUGUAGUUUCUGGAAAUUUUAAGAAGGAUUGGCAUCUUUUGUUCUGUAAAUGUUUGGUGGGAUUCCCCAGUGAAGCUGUCUGGUCCUGGACUUUUCUGUCUUGGGAGGUUUUUGAUAUGGCUUUGGUAUCUUCACAUGUUAUGUCUGUUGAAGUCUUGUCUUUCUUCUACACUUAAUGAUUUUACUGUCUUUAUAAAUUUCUUAUCUGUAAAUGUCUUUGAUCCUCUGACAUUCUUCAACAUUCUUUAGCUGAGUGGCUCUAAAGUGGGUUUGUAUAGAAAAGGGUGAAUAGCACAGAAAUCAAUGAGGAAAGAGGUCUAGGAAGAAUAAUUUUACCACAAUUGAGAAGAGUUGCUGAAGGGGGUGUAUGUCUUAAGUGUGAAUGCUUUGCGUGUGAAUUUCCUGAAUUCAAAUAUAGACAAAGGGCUGGGUGACUAUGUUCUUGUUUCCUUUUACUGACCUUUCUUUACUUUCCCAAAGGUGUCUCUGCAACAUGGACCCACAGAAUCUAACACGUGUAUCUGAAUUUGUACUCUUGGGCCUCUCAGAAGAUCCAGAACUGCAGUCCUUCCUCUUUGGACUGUUCUUGUCCAUGUACCUGCUUGCUGUGCUUGGAAACCUACUCAUUAUCCUGGCUGUGAGCUCUGACCUCCACCUUCACACCCCCAUGUACUUCUUCCUCUCCAACCUGUCCUUGGCUGACAUUGGUUUCACCUCUGUCACAAUCCCAAAGAUGCUUAUGGAUAUCGAUACACACCACAGAAUCAUCUCCUAUGGUGACUGCCUGAUUCAGUUGUCUUUUUUCGUAUUUUUUGGAUGUAUGGACAAUCUUCUGCUGGGGGUGAUGGCCUAUGAUCGGUUUGUGGCCAUCUGUCACCCACUUCACUAUCCAAUCAUCAUGAAUCCCAACCUCUGUGGCUUGAUGGUUUUAGUGUCUUUUUUUCUCAGCCUUUUGGACUCCCAGCUGUACUGCUUGAUGGUGUCACAACUUAUCUUCUGCACGGAAGUGGAAAUUCCUCAUUUCUUCUGUGAUCCUUCUCAACUCCUCAACCUUUUCUGUUCUAUUGCCACCACCAAAAAAAUACUAGUGUAUAUUAUUGUUCCCAUCCUUGUAGGUGUUCCAGUUUCAGCAAUCCUUUUCUCUUAUACUCGAAUUUUUUCCUCCAUUCUGAGAGUUCCAUCAUCAAGUGGGAAGUAUAAAGCUUUUUCCACCUGUAGCUCUCACCUGUCAGUCGUUUGCUUAUUUUAUGGCACAGCUAUUGGAGUGCACCUGAGUUCAGCUGUCUCACCUUCUCUCAGGGGUGGUGCAGCGGCCACAGUGAUGUACUCUGUGGUCACCCCCAUGCUAAACCCCUUCAUCUACAGCCUGAGGAACAGGGAUAUCAAGAAAGCCCUGCAGAGGCUCCUCAGCAGACCAGCAUGA